AACACUAGCUUGUGUAUUUUUUCAUUUACAAAACUUAAAAUUUCUAAAAUAAAGACUAUCUUAAAUUUUGUUUUAUUUACAAAAGGCAUCUUCUCCCUUUAUAUUAUUCUACAAUAUACUAUGAUUAGAACAUAGAACAACCUCAGACAUUAGUUGAGCAUAUAAUUGUCCUAUCCUUCCAACAAAGUCAAAUAUAAAUCAUUUCUUUAGGAACACACUCCCUCCAAUCUCAAAUGCUUAAGUAGCUGAACCUCUCUCUGGUCGUUUACAUCAACAAAGAAAAGAAGAAGCAAAGUAGCAGUCAUGAUGAAAAGGUGGCGAAACCAUUUGAAGAAGAAGAAAAUGAACAAAAACAACAGCAGCAUAGCAAACAAAUGGAAACAACUCAGCGGCGAAAACAACUGGAAAGGACUAUUAGACCCUCUCGACAUCGACCUACGGCGUUACAUAAUCCACUACGGUGAAAUGGCACAAGCAACAUACGAUGCUUUCAACACAGAAAAAGCAUCAAAGUUUGCUGGUUGUUGUAGGUACGCAAAGAAUGAUUUCUUCUCCAAACUUUUUCUGGAAAAUGGAAACCCUUUUAAGUAUUCCGUGACAAAGUUUAUCUAUGCGACUUCCGAAAUCGAUGUUCCGGAAGCCUUUAUCGUGAAGUCGUUUUCUAGAGAGGUUUGGAGUAAGGAAUCAAAUUGGAUUGGGUAUGUUGCUGUGGCUAAUGAUGAAGGGAGAGAUGUGUUGGGGAGAAGGGAUAUUGUUGUUGCUUGGAGAGGAACGGUUAGGAGUUUGGAAUGGGUUAAUGAUCUUGGGUGUGUUAUGGUUUCUGCUCCUAAAGUGUUUGGUUAUAACAACGUUGUAGAUCCUAAAGUUCAUGAUGGUUGGUAUUCCAUUUACACUUCUGAAGAUCCAAGAUCUCCAUUCAAUAAGACUAGUGCUAGAGAUCAGGUCUUAAGUGAGGUAAAAAGGUUGGUGGAAAUAUACAAGCAUGAAGAAACAAGCAUAACUAUAACUGGCCAUAGUUUAGGUGCUGCAAUCGCAACUCUAAAUGCAGUGGACAUUGUAACCAAUAGUUACAACAAACCAAAUGACCCAUCUCUCAAGACAUCAUCACCAGUUACAGCCAUAAUAUUCGCAAGUCCAAAAGUUGGUGACGUAAACUUUCAAAAAGUUUUCUCAGCUUACAAGGAUCUUUCAACAUUACGCAUUAAAAACGAGUUUGAUAUUGUACCAAACUACCCUUUUAUCGGAUAUUCAGAAAUUGGUGAAGAGUUGAAAAUUGACACAGCAAAAUCUAUGUAUUUGAAGAGUCCAGGGAAUCCUUUCAGUUGGCAUAAUUUGGAAGCUUAUUUGCAUGGAGUAGCAGGAACACAAGGGUGUAAAAGAGAUUUCAAACUUGAGGUUAAUCGUGAUAUUGCACUUGUGAAUAAAACAUUGGAUGCUUUGGAAGAUGAAUAUCAUGUACCUGUGUGUUGGAGAGUUGUAGAGAAUAAGGGUAUGGUUCAACAAUUGGAUGGUUCUUGGAGGCUUAUGGAUCAUGAGGAUAAUGAUGACUUUUAAAUAAUUGUUUAUAUGAUUGAGGAUUUAUGCCUUUUCGUUGUGAUUAUUAUUAUUAUUGUUAUUAUUAUUAUUAUUUUAUUUUGUA